AUUUCAAAAUGGCGGUCCUCCACACUCUUCGGAGAGGAAAAGCUGUUCAUGUAAACAUGCUCUUCAGACCGUCGCUGUUUAGAAACGCAAUCUUCUGGAAUAGCAGUUGUAUAACUCAACAGAUUAUGCACCACGAUAGUGAAAAAAAGAAUAUGUGUAGAAAGGUAAGGUUAGUUAACAAAUGUCGAACCCUUGGUAUUCCGUCCGUUUGUGUGUCGUCCGGUAUGUCGUCCUUUAAUGAUUCACCUGACAUAUCCAUUUUGGUGAGUCUGAUUUUCUAAGUUUCCUUUCCAUAUCAAACUUUGAUUUUUCCACUCGCAGCAGAGUUCUCUGCAGAAUUGCUGCCCAAUGCAAUUGUAAUUACUGUAAUUAAACUUCAUCCUUACACCCGGUAGUGAUUUACGUAUACCCCUAUUAAUGGGUUACAGUGUAAAGACAAUCUUAAUCGACUCGACUUCGAGCCAAAUGAUAAAAUUACAUUGUUUCAAAUCAAGCUUAGUUAAGAAUAUUAAAUCAAGGUAGUUUUAGAUGAACAUUUUAUGACCGAAAUGCAAAAGCAAGUGACUUUUUUGCUGCAUUAUUUCAGGCCAAAAGUGGUUUAUUUGGAGAGAUAUAUGAAGGUCCAUACCACUUACUUCAUAUCAGACCUAUGAGUAGCCAAUCACAGGGCAGCUUCUUGACAGAUCUGAAAUCCAGUCCUUCACCAGCUCUUUUUCUGGGAUUCUUUGGAGCAGUUCCAUUCACUGGCCUGGCAGGGAUGUCCAUUUUCCUUCCUGAACAUAUGGAACUCAUAGCGCAUGCUCAGCAAGCUUAUGGAGCAUGCAUUCUCUCCUUUCUUGGGGCAAUACACUGGGGCUAUGCAUUGGCCAAAAACAGUGGUCUGAAGCCUGACUGGAGUACUCUUGGAUACAGUGUAACUCCAUCACUCAUUGCAUGGACAGCUUUGCUUGUUAAUCCGCUUCCAGGAUUCGUUACCUUAUGUGUUGGACUUGCCGUUGCUUUAUCAAAGGAUCUGAAAACACCUUACUUCCCAGUUUGGUAUUAUUCUUUGAGAAAAGCAUUGACGACAUUGGCUGUUGGUUCUGUUGCCUUCACGGCAGCUGUGUUUUAUUUCCACUAG